AUGCUACAGAUAUUGAAAAGUUCGAAAAUACGAACGUGCAUAAUAAUACCGAAAGGGACUUCCUUCCACCUGCCACGGACCCUUGCUAGGAUAAGACACAAGUCAUCGAGAGCAUUUGAUUUUGCAAACUUUGAUCCACAUGCUAAUCCCAAUGAAGCAUCAGCAAUAUAUACUAGUUUAGGAUGGUUCUUCAUACCUCUCAAAUACAACACAGACAAACAACCGCGUCUAUUGUUGGAUCAGGAGUUCAAGCGCAAUCGAUUUACUACAAACACUAAUCAUGAAAAAAUACAGCAAUUUAUUUAUAAAUGGUGUCAAGAUUAUACCCCAACAAUAUACAAAAAGAAGAUGUCCAGUAAAAUUGAAUCAGAGCAAAAGAAAUUGCAGUUGUUAUUUCGUCAACAGAUGUCAGACAAAAUACACACCGAGGAAGAGGCAAAAGCCAAGGAAAUAGAAAGAGCAAACAAAGCCAAUGGAGUCCUGGACAAAUUACGAUUCAAGUUGGAUCCACAGACACAACAAGUUGAAAUUAGAGGCAUAUUGAAAAUGACCAAUGUGUUUAAUUAUUAUAUUCAGAAACAAACGCAGCGAAUUCAGUCUGACGCAGAUUACAAGAAAUCGCCAUUGACAACGCGAGAGAUUAGACUGACUUUGUCCAAAGAUUGGAGCGGACUUAGUCCAGAGAAGAAGGAUGCCGUUAAGCAAGAGUAUUUAAAGUUGUUGUCGAGUGGCAAGGAUUAUCAUUUAGGCGAGGUGGUUGAUCUUGAUCUGAGGUUGAGUGAUGAAGUUCUGGAAGAUGGAUUUAGGUUUAAAAAGCUGAAGAUUGUAAACAAACACAGAGCGUAA